GGGUGAGUGAGGGAGUGUAGGAGCAAAGGAUAGGAUCCCAGAACAGAGUAUGAGCCUCACGCACUCUCACACACAAACCUCUGUUGGCUCCCUCCCUCUGUUAAGCUUUGUGGAAUAGUGGAUUACUCUCUAAAUUGAGCCACUCAUCGAGUAGAUCCAGGCAUGAUCAGGUGGCAGUGUGUCGGAGCAGUGUUGAAGUGUGAGAUGAACCAUGGAGGGGUGCAGGAGGACAGUCACUAGCCGAGCCAGAAGCCUGACAUUCACCACCACCACGACCAGCAGCAGCAGCAGGAGGAGAAGCAGCAGCCCAAGGGGGAGCCACAGCAUGCAGCUGGGCUCUCACUAGCACCAAGUGGACCUGGUCCCUCUCCUCUUCACCUGAGGGCCAGGGCUGCAGAAUGCUCAGUCCUGUCACCCCAUACAGUCUGUUGAAGAUGCACUGGUCUCCGGAGCACGCUGCCCCCUUAUCUCAGUGGCCUGAGCAGCACCUAGAUGUCACCUCCACCACUUCGCCCCCUUCUGCCCACAAACACGACCCCUACACUACAGCUGCUCGCCGUGGCUAUGCCCCUGCAGGUUACCCAUGGGCCAGUGAUGACAUAUCAGCCCUCACUGCUUCUUCUCUGCUUAAACGCUAUGCUGAAAAGUAUUCUGGACUGGAGCUGUCCUAUGAACGCCCCACUCCAGCGGCCUACUCAGAGACUUUCCUGAAAACUGAAUCUGAGCCCUGGGCUCUGGGUCAGGGCAUAGAGUGUUACCCUGGACUUGAGGCAAUAACUGGCACUAAAGUGGGUGCCGCGUCUGUGGGAAUCCCAGCCACAGGAAGUGUAACAGUAGUGAGCAGUAAUUUGGCCUCUGAGUCAAGUUACAGCGGUGCUGGCUCCUGCAGCGCCCCGUCAUCUCAGGAAUACCCUCCUUCCUACAACAGCACCUACCUGUCCUCAGGAUACUGCCCUCAACCUAGCGCAGCACUUCCCCCUGCCAAUCUACACUCUUUGCAGGCAGCACCCACCCUAGUACCCAGCUACAGCGCCAGCACUCCCGUCUACAACUACCCACCUGGUUGCUACCCCCAAAGCAGCCUGUCCUCUGGAUACAGCCACCCCAGUGCCUCCUACCUGCCCUCUGGGAUUAAUGCCCCAAGUCCUCUGGCGCCCAGGCCCACCAUGGUGGGGGGCAGUUAUAGCUACGCAGCUCACGCGCUGGGUGGGAGCGCUGAGGCAGGAGGACCACUGAAACGCAAGGCCUUUGAGAUGGCAGAGGAGGGACAGGAGGGAGCAGAGGUGGAGGGUUCCCGCUACAGAAAGUAUGGCAACGGCCAUGGAAACGGUCACAGCAAAGGCCACGGCAACGGGCACGGCAACGGCUACGACAUGAGCGGUUCUGCCUCAGAUUCACAGGCGUUCAAACCUGGAAAGCCCCUGAUGUCGCCCCCAUAUGGUGGUGCAGGGGAGUACAGCCCACCAUCCGGUCUAGCAGGAGAGAGUGUGUCGGCAGAGCACAACUUUCCCCAGCAGCAGAGAAUGUCGCUGAAGAUCCCUGCAGCACACACUCGAUCUGAGGACCCUGCUGGAGGCCACUGACAGCCGCCGUUGCCAUUGGAGAGGAUGCCCUCGCUCCAGGUUUCUUAAUCCAGAGAGAUUUGGGGGAAUAGCAUCGGAUUUGUCAAAGAAAGGUUUAAUUUCACUAGACAAGCUGGCACAAGAGUAGAUUUUACUGUGCGUCUUUAACAUUUUCAUUGUUUGUGUUUUUUUCCAAAGAUUCACACGGGCUGUUUGCCCUGUAAGGUUGAGCUAAGUCUUAGGUGGUGAGGUUGAGGCAUUCUCUGCAUAGACAGAUACAUGAAGACGGUCUAUAUGUGUGAGUGUCUGUUUCUCUCAGGAUCCUAUUUAUUUCCUUUCUGCUACUGUGGUGAGGGCACUGCAGUGUUGCAGAUGUAGAAAUCAGUGUAAUUGUGUGUGUAAAAGGGCCUUUGACUGCAAUAUGUGUUCGACCGCACCACAGAAAUCAUUACUGACCAAAAAACUACGGAGAGCAAUAACUGGAAUUGCGAGGCUACUUCUAUUAGCACAAUCACUGCUGCUUUACACAGCUCACUCCAAGGCCUGUGUCACUUGGCCUUGAGCCUCCUUUCAUUCUUUCAUUCUUUCAUUCUUUCAUUCUUUACCUGACGCGUGCUCUGCCGCCUCCCGCUCCCACUCUCUCUUUCAUCCACUUUAAUACAAAAACGAAGCAUAUGUGAAGCCGCCAUUCAAAUAGUGUUGUCAUAGAGAAAGAGGGAGGUGGAGAAACCGAAUGUUUUAAGUUUAUUUUCAAAUGUAUUUAGCAUUCACACAGAGACAGUAUACAGAGUAUAUGCAGAUCAUGUCGAAAAGGAUGUUGUUUACAUGCAGAUUUAUAUCCUAAAAUUGAACAGGUAUAUUUUCAUAAGAGUCUAAAUAAUAAUACGUGGUCCAGUCUAUAUUUUGUCUACUAUAUUUCCAACAUUACAAGAUAUGAAAAAAAACGUUCAAACCAAAACAAGUAAAAAAUGCUUUAUUCCGCUCUCCGCUGAGAUUGACUCAGAGCAAACAGUUUAGAGGUGAGUGAGCCUGUUCGUAUGCACAGACCACACUGAGAGGCGCGCGGGUUUACGUCGUCCUUUAAGCUCAACGUUUGCGAGUGAGAACCUCGAUGUUACAUUCGUCGUGAAGAUCUACCUGCUUGUCUUCUAGGAUUUACCUUUUUUUUUUUUUUUUAAUAUGCAUUCUCUUUACCUUUGCCUCUCAAAAGGAUGAUUUAUAAGUUGUGUUAUUGAAUACUCAGGAAGAAUAUUGUUACCUCAGAACGAUGAAAUAAGAAUGUAUGUUAUUACCGUGGGCUGUUUGUAAGGAGCUUUACGGAGGAAAAGAUGAAAAUGAAGCCACGGCUUUGUCGUGGAGAAAAAGAUACUCUGAAAACUUCAGGGAAAUUAUGAACUUACAAGGCCUUUGAUACUAACAGUAGAAUAAACACACACACACACACAUGCAUGCAAACACGUUGCUUUGUAGCUCUGGGGAAAUUAAACUUUUUGUAUCAAGGCCUGAAAUGUUGAAUGUAAUUCAGACUUUUUUUCUUUUUUUUUUGGACAAUACAUGCCAUAAUGUACAUCAACUAUGUUUUUAGAUAUAUGAAACAUAUUUUCUUCAUGUAUAGAUGUAAUUCUCUUAUAGGUUUUGAUGGCGAGAUGAAUGACAUGUUAAGUGUUAGUGUAGUUAGCAGUGGGGGAAUUGUUUUGUGGGCAAAAAGUCAAAACACAGCACUCCUGGUGGACAAUGUUUAACAAUUUGACAUAUCACACAACCUCGACACGCUACAGUGUGGAAAUGUGCUCUAGUGUCUGGUUUCUGUUUUCCCGUGUCAGUAUUUUCACUUGACCACAUGUCACCAGUCAAUCAACCUGAAUUUAGCUUUAACGAAUUGAGCGCAUGAAGAAGGGAGGAGCUAACUAUGGCGAACAUAAACAAAUGAUGCACUCUCAGAAAAUAUGUACAGUCACAACUCUGAAGCUUUUCUUUUCUUUCAAGUUGUCGGUUUGGUGCUCCACCGUUUCAUAAAUUGUGCCAUACAAAUUUAUAGUGCAAAAUUAUUAAUAGGCUUUAGACUGAUAUGCAACUUCGGAUUUUGUUUAAAAAAAAAAGAAAAAGAAAAAAAAAAAAAAUUAAAAAAAAUUCAGUGUGAUGAAAAAUUACUUUAUGGCCCUUUUUUGAAGCACAGUCAUGAAAUUAAACUUCCUCAGAGGGUGGAGCUGUUUUUGCUUCACAUUAUGCUGAAUAAUAAUAAUAAUAAUAAAAAACACAACAGAUUAAUGGUUAAUUCAUCAAAAAAUUUAUUCUUAAACCCAAUUUUUUGAAAAGUAUCUAAGCGCUUAGCUUCAACAAUUGAAUGCUCUUCAAUGCCACAUAAAGAAUGUGUUCCACAUGGAGCGACACACACACACACACACAGCGACAGACGCCUGUGUUUGCCGUUUCUUGUCGUUCCUCCUGCUCAUGGAAUUAUGUGGAGAGUUGAGUUUGUCCAAGAAUUGAAAUUCAGUGUUACCUUUGUGAUUCAGGUGUACCUUCCUCGUCGUAUCGUGUUCAUUGUCUGUGACCAUUUCUACCUCAUUCUGAAGAAGUGCAUUGAAAUAUUUAUUUCAUGUCAUCUCACAAGCCAGUUUAAGGAGCAACGUAUAUCGACUUCUCGUCUACCUCACAGAAGACUGUCGUGUCAUGGAAAUGAAGAUAUCAUACCAAAAAAAAAAAAAAACCUUGACUUUGUCUUUUUGUCUGUGAAAAUCAAAAAUGUUUGAGGUUUGAUUGUCCUCAGUUUUUGCUAAAAUAUACUAUGAUGAAACCCUAA